UAUCAAACAGGAAAUGAGACCACAUCAGAUCUGAGCCAAAAUGUUCUGCCUAUUUAAACUGAGCCGCCAGCGAUGUACAGUCACGAGUAUUCCGGGAGCUAUCGUCUGCACUUGAACAAACUCUACAACCAACAAUGGCCAGCAAUCAAAUUCGUAUGGCCGGCCAUUUCCUAGUCCUGGCCGCUCUGCUCUUCCUGGUGCAUCCAACUCACCAGCAAGAUGUUGAAUGCGGACGAUCGAUGGUCACUUCCAGGAUCGCUGGAGGCUGGGAGGCCACGCCCAACGCCUUCCCCUGGAUGGCCCACCUGAAAGUCAAAUUCUGGAGCGGCGACGCUGCCGAAUGCGGCGGAAUUCUCAUCGACGCCAAUCACGUCCUCACGGCGGCCCAUUGCCUCUUCGGAGUCAUCAGCGUCAAAGUCACGCUGGGCGCUCACGACGUCACUUCUCCUCCACUCUCAUCGUCCAAUCAGCAAAUCUUUGACGUCAAUUCCGGUUCUAAUUUGAAGUCUCAUCCCGAUUGGAAUUACGGCCAAGUCGAGGACGAUAUCGCCCUCAUCCGGCUCCCCUAUCCCGCCUAUCUCAACGAAUUUGUUCAGCCGGCUUGUCUGCCUUUUGCCGGUGAUUCCGAUCAAGUCAACGAUCCGGUGGUCCUGGCCGGAUGGGGAAACUUCUCCAGUACCGUGGACAGCGGAUUUAGUCCGGUUUUGCGCCAAACGGAGACGACCGUCAUCUCUUCUUUCGGGACUAACGGCCAGUGCCAGCAGACGGCCGGAUUGGGCUCCUUCUCCGGCGAAAAGGUCAUCUGCAGCGACGGAUCUCAGGGGCGUCGCUUCUGCUACGGCGACGACGGUGGUCCGAUGAAUUUCUACAACGCCGAAUGGGACCGGUGGUUCGUCGUCGGAGUGGCCGGAGUGGGUGACAGUUCCGUCGGAUGUCCGACGGCCAGGAAACCCAACGUCUUUGUACGUGUCAGGGGAUACCUGGACUGGAUUGGAGGCAUCACCGGAUUGAAGCCCAUCACAACCACAACAACAACCACCACAACAACAACAACCACAACAACAACAACCCCGAAACCGACGACCCGCGACCCGUCCUGGUUCGAUUGCACGGGCAAAGUGGACGGCAACUACCCCAAUCCGGCCUCCACUUGCUCCAAAACCUUUUACAUGUGCUCCAAUGGCGACGCUUAUCUCUUCACCUGCGCUCAAGCGGGAACCAUUUACCGGCCAGACAUUUACGCUUGCGAUUGGCCUAGCAACGUUGCUGGAUGCGCUUAAUAGCCUAGAUGAUGAGGAUGAUCCAAAAUUCAAUUCGCCCUUCCUAUAAAUCUUUCCAAUUAUUUUAUUCAUCUGAAAUUGACGUCAUAAUUGAGUUCUAAUAUUCCUGAAUAUGCACAAAAAAAUUGUUAAUACACUAAUAAUUAAAA